AUGGCCAAGUCAAAAGCAAAGCGCAAGCAUCAAGCUGCCCAGGCUGUGAGCGGCUCGGUGGCAAAGAAAAUCAAGACCGACCCCUCGUCCUCCUCCCCGGUGGGCUCAAUCACGCUCACUGGCAGCAGCUCCUGCGAGCCCAAACUCCUGCAGACCAUCGUCCCAGAUGAGGAUCUCGAGAUCACUGUCGAGACCCUCCGCGCGUUGGCGGAAAACCCAGGCCUGAUCAAGUCCAAAGCAUGCAAGGAUCUGCGAGCCGCCGUCUUCGACUUCAAGCAGGCCUCCACCACCGGCGCCAUCGCCUCUAUCGACGCCAACCUCACCUCGCGCAUCAGCGGCGCCCUUGCUGACCAGAACUAUGUCGAUGCGCGCAUCAUGCUGGCCGAGAUGAAGAUUCGGGGCCAGAAGCCCAAGCUGGGUGCUCUCUGCCGGUGGGUGCGCGAUCUCGACGUCAUCAGCGGCCUGGCAGAGCAGCGUGAUGGAGGGGCUAAGAGGACUGCCCAGCAGCACGAGGUCCUCCAGGUUCUGGAUGCCAUCUUGAGGGUGGUCGGCCCGGUCGACUACACGGCUGGUGGCGACAACGACGACGAGGCCGGUGGGUUCGAAGUCGAGUCAGGAGGACCUAUGAUGGUGCGGCGGGCCUGGGACCUACGAGAUGGGCGAGAGCGGAAAAUGGUCUAUGACAGCGUUUUGGACGGAACCUUGACCGCUGCCGUGAGCGACAAGACGACGUCUCGGUUCAGGAUCAUCGAGACCACGCCGGGGCUCCAGCGGAAACCCCCAAAUCACCACCCCGCCGUCCUCCACGCCUCACAGGAUAAUACCAUUACCUUCUCCUCACCGCCCCCUGUCACUACGCAUCACAAGCACCCGGUCGUCCCCAACCUGCACCUCAUCAAGGAUGUCCUCACGGCCGACGAGUGUAUUCAGAUCAUCGGCGCGGCAGAGAAGAUCGGCUUCACGCCCGAUGCGCCGAUACGGGCCGAGGGCGAGGAGGUCAGCAUACUAGCACACAAUUUCUACUGGAUCGCCGAUGCUGCGUUCUGCGAGGGCUUGUGGAGGAGGGUCGAGCCGUUUGUACCCGCCAGUGUGGGUGGCAGAAGUGUACGAGGUUUGAACCGAAGGUUUCGUGUCUAUCGAUAUGUCCCUGGCGCCGAAUAUCGAGCUCACAUCGAUGGCGCCUGGCCCCCAUCGGGCAUCAGCCCACAAGACUCGUACAUUUACGACUCUAGCCCGCCUGAGGCUAAGCAAUCGUCACUCUUCACCUUCCUCAUCUACCUUAACGACGAGUUCGAAGCUGGUGAGACGACAUACUUCCUCCCCGGGACGAGGGAGGGCACGCUGAAUGCCUAUCCGCUCAAACCAAUCCAAGGCAGCGUGGCACUGUUCCCUCACGGCGAGGUGGAUGGGAAUCUCCUACACGAAGGGACUGGUGUACGUCAGGGCGACCGCCCUUCGGCAAAAUAUGUAAUACGUACAGAUGUCGAGUAUGAUGUGGAUCUGCAGAAGACGGCGGUGGUUUGA